UAAGGCGGGAGGUUGUCCCUCCGAGGUCCGGAUCGCUUGCCAGCCGCGUCUCGGUAUGACCAGUGACUUCCGGCAGCGGGAGUCGGGCACCGAGCUGCUCGCUCGACUCAAAGGGAGAAGUUCUGUGAAGCAUCUUGAGCCACGGCUUUUUACCGAUGAAGGGUUGCUGAACCAUGGAAAUACAGUUGAGUUCCAUGGCCCAGAAGGAACAGGGAAGACAGAAAUGCUCUAUCACCUGGUGGCAUCCUGCAUCCUUCCAGAAUCAACCGGUGGGCUCCAAGUUGAGGUGGUCUUCAUUGACACAGAGUGUCAUUUUGACAUGCUUCGCCUGGUCACCAUUUUGGAGCACCACUUGGCACAGAGUACGGCGGAGUCAGUUAAACAGUGCCUGGGCCGCCUGUUCCUCGUCCACUGCAACAGCAGCACCCAACUCCUGCUACUCUUCCACGCUCUGGAAAGCAUGGUUUGCAGCCACCCGGCUCUCUGCCUGCUGAUUGUGGACAGUAUGUCUGCCUUCUACUGGAUUGACAGACAGAACGGUGGCGAGAGCAUCAGCCAGCAGGAAGCCAACCUGGCCCGCUGUGUUGAGUGCCUGGAGAAGCUGCUGAAUGAGUACCAGCUAGUAUUAAUUGCAACCACACAGGCCCUCAUGCGCGGGCAGGGUCCUGAGGCAUCCAGGACAGAUGGAGCUACUGCAGCCUGGCAGCCACCAGCUGCAGAGUUUAAACCCUAUCUGUGUAAAUCGUGGCAAAAACUGGUCAGGCAUAGGUUUAUUUUCUCAAAAAACACCACGGUAGACGACAGGCAAGAGUUUGCCGCUGUUUCUCUUCAGCCAAGAAGCAACAUUGUCAGCAGAUGCUCCUUUAUUAUUACAGAUGGUGGGGUACAUUUUCUUUAACCCAUCAGUAUUACUUUCUUAAACAAAAACCACUGGAGAUCCUUGUGAGUGUACACAUGAGGAAGUGCCCUCCUUUAGCUUAGUAGUACACAAAACGCUGGAGGAACUCAGCAGGUCAGGCAGCAUAUAUGGAAAAGAGCAAAAAGUCAAUGUUUUGGGACACUUCCCUUCAUCAGGACUAGGCCCAAAAUGUUGGUUGUUUAUUCAUUUCCAGAGAUGCUGCCUGACCUGCUGAGUUCCACCAGCAUAAUGCGUGUGUGUUACUCUGGAUUUCCAGCAUCUGCAGGGUCUCUUGUAUUUACUCUUUUGGCCUGCUCUGGUUAACUGAAGUUAUUGACUUCUGGUGGGCUAAAUCAGAUUAACUCUUUAACUGUGACUUAACCCUAAAUCAGAGAUUAACCCUAAAUGAAGGAGAUUUAGUCGCCUUUAUGCACAGGUGUUUUAAGGUUUCAUUGCAAAUUCUCCAGCUGACUUUGGCCUGAUCUGCAGGAGAAGGGGCCAAGCCAAGCACCUUAUUCAAAGCUCCUUUUCUAGAUAUACAGUGUAACCUCUUUGUAUAUCUAGGCAAGUCCAGGACAUGUCCUUAACGUAGAUUCCAAGCAUGUGGGUUAAAGCAGAGUACCAGAAAUACUUGAGUACUUUUUUUAUAAACAAAUUGAAUGCCUUAAAUGAGAUUUAAAGAAUUCUGUGUGAAUAAUUAAACAGAAAUUAGGUCCUACAUUUAUUUAUUUUCUUCUUCAGGAAGUUUUGUAGGCAGAGCUUCAUUUAAUAAAAAUAUUCAGCUACAAAUGUGAUCUGUCCUUUUCUAUUAUUGGAACUGGGUUCUUCAUUCCUGUUUCAUUUCUGAUUGAAAGUAAGAAACAAAUGGUUUAUUGGGUGCAAAUUGAAUUCCAUGUAAAAUGCUACCAAAUGUCUGCAGGGUGUUGCACUUCAAUGGCCCAUUCGAGCUAUGUUGCUAUUUUAAUGCUAUGGAAGAGUGGGUCAGAAAAAGAAAAGAAAGAUGGUAGAAAUGACACCCCCUAAUUUUUAUUGUGCAUCUAGGAAUGAAUAGAGAAUGCUUUAUGUUGGAAGUGUGUAUUUUGACAUUAUUUUUAUAUUGCACUCAUUAUUUUGAAGUUUAAGCUAAUUAAAACUCUUUCAAGAAACAUAGAGCUCAGGAUAGGCCACUCCAUCCUUUCUAUUUGUAUUAACUUUGAAGGUCCCUUCUGAUUCUCGCACUCUUUCCCAUUGCUCCUGUCAUAUUUUAAAAUGUGUUUUGGGUGUACACAAACUCUUAGGACUGUGGGGUUGAAAAUGAUAGAUGAUGGAAUGUUUGAGUGAUCUUUAGAGGUAGCACAAAAUCAUAUUUAUAAGCUGUCUGUUAGUAAAUCCAGUAUGAAACUUAGACAAACUUCUCCAUCCAGGAUACUGAGCAAAUGCAAAGCACUACCACAAGGAGUAAUUAACCCAAGUUAUAUUGGAGAAGCUGCAGGAGCAGGAAGGACAAAGACAUACAAUUUGGGAGAUAAAUCAUGUGAACUAUGUGCUGCUCUAAGUGUUGCACAGGAGUGUUGCUGCCAGUGUUGGGGCAAUGUGAAUUUGAGUAUAAAUUUCAGGCAAGAGCAAGGUAGUUGGACAGCCACAGAGAAGGAUUGGCACCAGAUGGCUAUGAAAACAACAUCUGAAAUAAAAGCAGGAAAUAUGGAACGAUUUGGGUUUGGAAGUAUCUGUAAAAAGAAACAGUUGACCCAAGAGUGUAGUGAAGAGUUAGAGCAGAGUUAUCUUUUUACCUUCAAUAAAAGCACUUGGCCCAGCGCUGAACUGGCUCUGUGCUGUAGCCUGCAGUCAUGGGGCAGCUGAACCAGCUACAACGCUGAACUGGCAACUUCGGGGACUCUGACGUUCAUGUUCUCUGUGCUAUUUGUUUACUUUUUAAUUGUUUGCACAAUUUCUUCUUUCUGUUUGCACAUUGUUUGACGGUCUUUUUUGUGUUUUUUUUGUGCGGAUUUUAUUGUGUUUUUUUUUUGUGGCUGCCUGAAAGAAGAUGAAUCUCAAGGUUGUAUAUGGUAUAUGUACUUUGAUAGUAAAUGUACUUUAAACUUUGAAGCUAUCACAUUAAUGAACUUAGAGUUUUACAUGUUAUGCUUGGGCAAUUUAAAUGGUGGCCCAGGCCCAGAUAGACUGCAAGUGUGAGUGUUGGGUACAGAGCGGAGGUUUGGGCUGAUUUCACUCACUUUCCAGUUAAUGUUUAUUCCUUUCUCUGCAGUGCUAAGGCUGUGAACUGAUCCAGCUGCUGUGUGUUUCUGCCCCGCUGGGGUGAUGAACUAGGGACUGAGGCUUGGGCCUCCUCCAACCCCUCUAGGAGCAGAUCUGGGUCUGGUUCGGGAUGCUGUUGGCUUGCCUCUGUUGUUUGCAUGAUGUGUGUUUUUUUUUCUCUCUCUCUCUAUGCAGUGGUUUUUGGUCUUUUUAAAAAUUGGGUUAUUUGGGUUUCUUGCUUUGUGGCUGUCUCUAAGCAGAUAAUGUGUACAUUCUUUCAUAAUAAAUUGCUUAGAAUUAGAAGGUGAUGGAAGGGAAGAAGUACAAGUUAGCAGGUGAUGAGUGAAGCCAGUAGAGGGGAUAGGUAGGUGGCUGGGGGACCUCCAUCAGUCCUAAUGGAAGGUUUCAGCCCAAAACAUCACUUCCUCCAUAAAUGCUGUCUGACUUGCUGAGUUCCUCCAGCAUUGUGUGUGCGUUGAUCCAGAUUUCCAGCAACUGCAGCCUCUUAUGUCUCCUUUCUAAUGAGAGUGCUAGAUUCAAUUAUGCGUGUCCUGUAUGUUCUGGUCUAUAUCAUCACAAUGUCGUCUCACAGUUUUCAAAGAUCCAAAGUUAUUCUUGUACUUAGAUGGGUGGCUGAUUCUUCUCAAUGCCUUAUUCAUAGAGUCAUACAGCACAGAAAUGGCCCCUUUGCCCCAACCUGGGUACCACAGACCCCUUGCUUAAUGGUGUUGGUCUAUGGCAUAAAAACGGUUGGGAACGAACCCCGGCUCUAAAACAUUCCUGUCCACGUAGCUUUUAAAUGUUAUUGAUGUACCUGCCUCAACCACUUUGUGUGGCAACUUAUUGUAUGUAUACAAACCCCACACUCACCAUUGGACGUCUGGAAUGUACCUGGCUUCCCGACAGUGAAGCAGCGUCCCUACCACAUGUGCUCUUGUGCUGCUCAAUAGUAAAUUUAAUGAUAACAUUGUGUUUUAUGGGGGUUAAGUUCAGAGAUACGAGACUACAGAUGCUGGAAUCUGGAGCAACACAAAGCGCUGAAGAAACUUUGCAGGUCAGCAUCUACAGAGGGAAAUGGACAGUCGACAUUUUGACUGAGAAGGUUCCUGAUUAAGCGUCUCGACCCGAAAAGUCAACUGUCCAUUUACCUCCAUUAGAUGUUGCCUAACCUGCUGAGUUCCCCCAGCAUUCAGUGUAUGGCUUAAAUUCAGAGACAUAAGCUGAUUGGGCUGAGGAGUCUGUUUCAGCUUCAGUGCUCGUAUACUGUUAGCAAGAUAUAUUAAAGUUUGCAUUUUUUUUGGAUUAUGGAAUUGAAAUAUUCACUAACUGCUGCGUACAGGCGCAUGUAUUUUGCACAAAGAGCACAGAACACAAUGAAGUGGUUGAGCCCUUGGGUAUUGGCAAUUGACACCAGCUUAACCAAUUUCCCCCGGGAUCAAUAAAG